AUGUUAAAUAAAACAUCAACGUCUACCCAUAUUAUUGGUGAUCAUAUUAAAAAAAUACAAACAAAAAGUGAUGAAAGUCUUCAUCAUAUUCGAGCUUCGGCUCCAAUUCCUAAUGAUGAAAUAUUGUGUACAUUGAGACAGUAUGCCGUAAGACGGCACCAUUCGGCACCUCAACACGAGUGUAGAUGGCAGCAGGCAAAACGUAAAGCAAUUGUAAUGCAAAUGUAUGAUACAGAAAAAUCGUACGUUGAAGCAUUAAAAAUUCUAGUUACAAAAUAUUAUUUACCAAUGAAGGAUCGGACGAUUAUAAGCAAUGAUUUAGUAAAUGAUAUUUUUUAUAAAAUUCCAGAAAUUCAUAUGCAUCAUACGGCAUUCUUUAUCUCAUUAACACAAAAAUUAGCAUUAUGGGACAAUAAACAAACUAUCGGUGAUCUGCUUCUACAAAUGUUUGCUAAACAAUCAAUUAUUGAAACAUAUACAAGUUUUGUUACUAAUUAUAAAACUGCACAAGAAGCAAUACGAUUAUGUCGAGAUUCAUCAUCAUUCAACAAAUUUCUCGAGCAACAAGCAAAAGACCACCGAGGAAAAUUAACAUUAAGAGAUUUAAUUAUUCAACCUGUUCAGCGCAUUCCACGUUAUGAGCUUUAUAUUAAAGAUUUUUUAAAAUGCACAAAUUUAAAUCAUCCCGAUUAUCAAUUACUUUUAAAAGCUCAAAAUGAUAUUCACUCGUUGGCUGAAGAAAUAGACCAAGUACAACGAGAAGUGGGUGUUGGUGGCAGUAGUGUCACUAGUGGUGGUCUAUUUAAUGAUAUAGGAAGCUCGUUAGAAGUAGUACAAGAUAUGAUUGAAAAUUUAUCCGACCUGGUUCAUCCAGAUCGAUUUUAUAUCCGUCACGAUAUAAUUACACUUCAACUCACAUCUGGUAUCAAGAAGGAUCGUUGUAUCUUCUUGUUUAAUGAUUUAAUAAUUGUAACGAGCUGUAAACGACGAAGUGGCACAUUAUCAAAAAAAGGUGGAUCUGUUAUAUUAAAUUCACCAUCUGGAAAACAAUAUAUUGACAAUGUAAAACAUAAAUUAAUUAUGAAAAUACCAUUGGAAGACGUUGAUUUAGCAUCAGGACAAUUAAAAAAAACUCCUGUUGCCGCUAAUAAAAGUCAUUUAGAAGAAGAUGUUUCAAUAUUGACACAUAUCACAGAAUUAGCAAAAACAAUUUCUGUUCCACAUCAACAGUUAGAUGAAUCCAUUAAGGAUACAAUCCAUAUCGUUAAUAAACAUUUAAUUGAAGAAAGUGAAGCUGAUUCGUUGAACGAUAAUAAAUCUGUGAAUGUGCAAUUGACAAUAAAUACCAGUGAACGUAUUGAAACAAUUGAAGUUUUAUUUUCGUCUUUCGAACAAAAACUCUCAUGGGAAAGAAGUUUUUUAGAAGCAAAAAAAGCUUUAUUUGAUGCUGUUGGUCGUAGAAAUGUUCUGUUUCAACAUGUAUUAACAUUACCGCAUAAUCGAGCUGGAAUGCAGUUUUCUUGUGCUGCUGCUCGAUUAUCGAGUAAUGACUCAUUUCCUGAUGUUUGGGUUUGUAAUUCGGAUGGAUUUUCAAGUCAAGUGUGUUUGGUUAAUUUACAUCCAGAUUUUAAUUUGAAAGCGUGUAAUACUGUUUGUACAUCAAAAAUAACGUGUGUGGCAUUUGUACCUGCACAUAAUCCAAAACGAAGUGGUGGUAGUACUAAACGAAAACAUCAUCCUCAUGUUAAACAUGUAAUAAGUGGAGGAGGAACACUUGGUGCGACACCCGAAUCACUUUUAGAUAUUGAUUCAAGUGAUGAUGAUGACUUAAAUCAUGGCGAUACAUCUUCAAUUCAUACAGAUCGAUUGGAUUCUUUAACACAUGAUAUUUUUGAAACAAGUACAUUACCAAUUAGAGAAGAAUACAUUCCAGAACAAGAUACAAGAGAAGCAACAAUGUGGUUGGGAACAGAAGAUGGAGGAUUACAAGUAUUUCAAUGUACAGAAACAAUGAAAACUGUAGCACGUAAAAGUAGGAUAUUAAGACAGUUAGGUUCAUCCAUCUACAGUAUUUUACAUGCAGACAAUAAAGUAUUCAUUGCGCUUGGUCAUGGUGACUUAUGUGUUAUUAGACGGGAUUUGAAUGGUCGUUGGGAUAUUGAUUCACCUUCCAUAAAAACUAUCGGUGAUAUUGAUAAUCCAGUCACUGUAAUGACUAUAGCAGCUGGCAAAAUAUGGUGCGCAUGUAAAGAUAAAAUUAUUGUUGUAUGUCCAAAUUCAUUGAAUGUUGAGCAUUCAUUUAUCGUGGAUGAAUGUCAUCGACAUGUUGGAUGUAUGACGUCGGGUGGUGCGAGUAUGCAUCACGUCUGGAUUGCAUCACAAGGUGCACAUGAAGUAAGAUUAUUUCAUGCAACGCACUAUCAAUGUCUAUUAGAGACAAGUAUUAAGUCAUCAGUUAUACAAAAAUUACAGACUUGUGAUAAUAUUAUUCGCGCUCAUAAAUUUGGAUGUUUACGUAUAACAGCAUUACACGUGUGCAAAGAUAUUCUAUGGGUUGGAACAAGUGCGGGAAUUAUACUGAACAUUGCCGUGCCACAAAUUGAUUCAACAAUGACAAAAAUUGGUGGUGCUCUUAAUGUUAAAGGUUUAGCUUACGGUCAUGCAGGUCCCGUCCGUUUUCUGACAUCAGCUGAUAUUGCGUCACCUGAAAAUUCCUCUAUGCAAACUUCACCAGUGACAAAAACGUUAGUGUUAAGCGGUGGUGAUGGCUUUGAAGAUUAUCAGAGUUAUGAUGAAACAUUAGGUAAAGAUGAUGCAAUGUGUCAUGUUAUUCUAUGGCAACUAUGA